AUGAGCUUCAAAUCGGUACUCAUCACUGGCGCCAACCGUGGCAUAGGUCUGGGACUGACCAGACAAUUACUAUCGGCUACCGAACCGCCGAUACAUUUGAUUGCAACUACAAGACAAUCAACUAAUCCGGAUUUGGAUCAGCUCGUAGAACAAUAUCCUAAUCUACAUGUUCUCAAACUGGAGGGUAAAGACUAUAAGAGUUUCGAUACGUUUGCCAAACAGGUGGCCGACAUAGUUGGCGACCACGGGUUAGACGUACUCAUCAAUAAUGCCGGCAUAAAGUUUGACCAAUCGCUCAGUGAUGUCUCACCCGAGCAAAUGGUUGAAAAUAUUGAGGUCAAUGCUGUCGUACCAUUAUUUCUAACACGUUCCCUACUACCGGUGCUCAGAAUAGCUUCAUCAAAGCGCAAAACAUUGGUAAUCAAUGUUACGUCAAUGUUAGGAUCAAUUGGUAUGUUUGACGAGAUCAGCGACUUUAACAUAUCUGCCUAUCCCUACCGGGCCAGCAAAGCGGCCCUCAAUAUGAUAACCAAACAACUAUCCCAUGAUCUUAAAGCCGAUAACAUACUGGUCGUCGGACUGCAUCCGGGAUGGCUUAAAACUGACAUGGGUGGACAGGAGGCGCCCCAGGAAGUGGAUACUACAUGUGCCGAUUUGCUAACAGUUAUGCGCAAUGUAGUUAGUGAGCACCGGGGCAAAAUAAUUGAUUUUAGAGGCAAUGUUUUGCCAUAUUAA